AUGGAUCGUGUGAUGUGGUAUGGAUGGAAGCUGAAAGCAAGUGGGUGUGAUGAGCCUCCCGGCGCCGGAGCCUCGCUGGGAUGCGGGUUUCGCGCCCGCUGCAGCGGCCGGCGGGACAUUAACGCGGCGCCCCGCGGCCCCAGCGCACCCCCGCUGGCUGGCGCCGAGAAGCCCGCACAGAGGAUGGAGCGGGUGGGGGAGCAGCAGCAGCAGCGGCUCCGGGGCUCGGUAUGUGAGGAGGAGGAGGAGGAGCAAGAACAAGGAGAGGAGGCGUCACUGCUGAGCCCUAAGCACUUCAUUGAGGAUGUGGCGCAUGGGCCAGGGAACAGCUUGCUAUCUACUUUCCAUGCCGUGAUUGUAAAAGAUGAGUCUGGGAGUAUCCUUGAAACAGGAGGUGGUGCUGAUCCCUUAAAGGAAGAGGAGGAAGAUGGAAACUACUGCAUGGUGCAGGUGGGAGGGUCACCCAACCUGCACCCACCAGCCCUAGACUGCCAGCCUGGGAGCAUCCUGGAAACAAGAGAUGGUGCUGACCCUGUAAAGGAUGAAGAUGGAGGUGGAAACUACUGCAUGGUGCAUGUGUCUGAGUCACCCACCCCACACCGACCAGCUCUGGACUGUCAGCUCAACUAUGCCACAAUGUGUGGGUCAUUGCCAGCUUUCUUUGGCAACAUGAACUCUGUGCCCCGAGUCCCCGGGGCUGAGUUUACCCAGGAGAUCCCAGAUCAGUCACAGGAAAGAGCUGAGGGAUAUUACCCUGAGAGCAUAGAAAAGGAGACCAAGAAACAAAAAAUCAGUGGCAGCAGUGGAAUGUGCUCCCCAAAGACAUCCAGUGUUGCUCCCGGGAACUUUUACAGCGUGGCACAGCUCCAGGAUGUGAAUCUAAAUCUUGGCCAUGCUACCCGCAGAUCAGCCCGAUGUGCGGCUGCCAGCACUGCAGGUCGGCAGUCCUACAGGGUGUCAUCAUUCCAGGAAUCUGGAGGCAGUCAGGAUGUGGCCAAGGAGAAAAAAGUGCCGCCAGAGAACCCAGAAGAGCAGGGAGCUCUGCUACCUGUCCGAAAGAAAACACGCACCUUCUACAGUGCAGAGCAGCUAGAGGAAUUGGAGAGGAUGUUCCAGGAAGACCAUUAUCCUGACAAUGAGAAGAGGCGGGAGAUCGCUGCUGCCGUUGGUGUAACACCACAGCGCAUCAUGGUUUGGUUUCAGAAUCGCAGAGCAAAGUGGCGAAAAUUGGAGAAACUCACUGUGAAAGGGAGCAAGAAAUGCCCAGCAUCAACAACUCUGUCAGUUCCUUCAGGAGCAAGCACUUAUGGGCCAUCUCUCCUGCCUAUGCCUCCACUGCCUGACAUCAUUCAUGACCAGUCUGCUAUGCUCAACAUGGAUACCGCAGUUGGGAACUAUCCCAGCAUGCUCAGUGGGCAUCCUGCACCGCUCGUCUCCUCAUCAGUCUCUUCGGUAACUGGAGUGGUGACGUGUUGUGAGGCAGGUCAGACAAAGGCACUAUCCCAGGGCAGCUUCGGUUCCAGCAGGAUGGAGUGCUUCCCCACAAUUCCCAGCCCUCCACCCAUUCGUAGGGCCAGCCUCCCUCUCAAUAUGACCUUCAACCCAAACAAUCAUAUUGUUCCAUUGAUGCUGGACACUCCCAACAGUGAAUGUAGUCCAUCCAGUCAGGAAAGCAGCUCCAGGGAAGUCCUCACUUACAGCUUCCAGAGUCAAGGUAUCAGCUCACCAACCUCAUGCAAUUACCCUGAACAGCUGGAGCCCACAGCCAACCUAGAGACCCCAUAUUAUCACUACAGUAACCAGCCUGGAACCUACCAGCUGCCCCAAUACCCCCUGCAGCACCAGCUCUCCCAAUUCCACCACCUUCCAGUCCCCCUUGCCGGCAAUGUGCUGCCCAGUGUCCGCCUCACACCUACUACACCCAGCGAAUCCAAUCCAGCUUUCUUCACCUUGGCUGGCAAUAGUGGGGUUGUGACCUACGGAGCGGCAGGUGCCUCACGAGGGUAUUUACAGCACCACAUAGGGGGACAGAUCCUGUUACAGCAGCCUGCUGGGAGCUCAGGAGGUAUCGCUGCCUACCAGGCUGUCCCCUGGAAUGAAUUCUACAUGCAGGGACGUCCAUUCUCCAAUCAGCUUUGCUCUCGAAUGCAGUUUUCCAGCACUGCAGCAGGACAUUACUCCACAGAGCAGGUUCCCUACGCUCAGAACCCUGGUAUAAUGCAGCCCACUCCCUGUUUCCUCCAGCUGCCCAAAGGGGCAACAUCAGGAUCUGUAGUAUUUACUGAAAAACAAAGGGCAUUGCAAGCACCAGACCAGACUUCAUAUCAGAACCACCAAUUGCAGAUCGCACCAGCUGAAAGAGAGGACCCAGAGAGCAGCAGUAGCAGCAGCAUCACCAAGGAGGAGGAAAGUGCUGCUGAUGACAAAGAAGAGAAUCCAAAUUGACUCUACAUGUUGAAAGAAACAAGGAGGAAAGGAUGUUGUUGUUGUUAUUAUUAAACACUGUACUAUGAGAGAGACAGAAGAAAGAAGAAUUAAUAUUAUUUGCAAUCAAAGUGCUUUUUUGUUUCUUUUGAGUUUUUUGUUCUUGCCACGAUUGUUCUCC